CUAUUUCUGUCCGGUCCUACAAGAAAUGUCUAAAGCCACGGUGUGAUCCGAGUGGACUCGGAGGAGAAACUCUCUGUCCUCACGGUGCAGGAUGUGGGACAGGUCAUGCCCGGAGGUACAGCAUACAGCCACACGAGGAAAUAAGAUAAGGAACUCCUUAUCUGUGUCAAACAAAUGAGGUUGGAGAAAUCUGUCAGUUCCAGAAACUCUGGUCUUGCUUAUUAUGGUCUGCCAGGCAUGACCAAGAACAUCUUUGAGGCUAUCCCAGUAAAAGCAUCUGGAGCUCCACUCAGUGACAGACCGUUCACUAGAACCUCUCUGCUGGGUUUUGUGGGACCAGACAACCUUCUGUUUGUGGUUGGAAAGAUGGAUGGAUUGAUGGUGGUCAGUGGCCGCAGACAUAACGCCGAUGAUGUGGUUGCUACGGCGCUGGCUGUGGAGCCCAUGAAGUUUGUAUACAGAGGAAGGAUAGCAGUGUUUUCCGUGUCUGUGCUACACGAUGAAAGGAUUGUUGUGGUGGCAGAGCAGAGGCCAGACGCUUCAGAGGAGGACAGCUUCCAGUGGAUGAGUCGUGUCCUUCAGGCUAUUGACAGCAUCCACCAGGUUGGGGUGUACUGCCUGGCUUUGGUUCCUGCCAACAUGCUUCCUAAAGCUCCCUUAGGAGGCAUCCACAUAUCUGAGACCAAGCAGCGCUUCCCGGAAGGUGCUCUGCACCCCUGCAACGUCCUCAUGUGCCCUCAUACAUGCGUCACCAAUCUGCCCAAGCCAAGACAAAAGCAGCCAGAGGUUAGGCCUGCUUCAAUGAUUGUGGGCAACCUAGUGGCAGGCAAGAGGAUAGCACAAGCCUGUGGCAGAGACUUGGGACAAGUCGAGGACAAUGACCAGUUUCUUUAUAUUCAGGAUGUUCUCCAGUGGAGAGCUCAGGCCACUCCAGACCAUCCACUGUUCCUCGUUUUAAAUUCAAAGGGUGCAGUCGCCAGCACCGCUUCCUGUCUGCAGCUGCACAAGAGGGCAGAGCGAGUGGCAGCUGCGCUGAUGGGACGCCUCAACACUGGAGACCAUGUCGCACUUGUCUACCCACCAGGAAUCGACCUGAUUUCCACUUUCUAUGGCUGCCUGUAUGCUGGCUGUGUGCCGGUGACUGUCAGACCGCCCCACCCACAGAACCUGGCGACCACUCUACCAACUGUCAAAAUGAUUGUUGAGGUCAGUAAGUCGGUGUGUAUUCUAACAACUCAAGCAAUACUGAAGCUGCUGAAAUCAAAAGAUGCUGCAGCUGCUGUAGACAUCAAGAGCUGGCCCACAGUGUUGGACACAGAUGAUCUCCCCAGAAAGAGGAAUAACCAAAUGUACAAACCUCCAACUCCAGAGAUGUUGGCUUACCUGGACUUCAGUGUGUCCACAACAGGCAUCCUAGCAGGGGUCAAAAUGUCUCACUCUGCCACCAGUGCCUUGUGUCGCUCCAUUAAACUUCAGUGUGAACUCUACCCCUCGCGGCAGAUCGCCAUUUGUCUAGAUCCUUACUGUGGCCUGGGUUUUGCUCUCUGGUGCCUGUGCAGUGUGUACUCGGGACACCAGUCAAUUCUGGUUCCUCCUUUAGAGCUGGAGAGCAAUGUUUCCCUCUGCAGUCAGUACAAAGUGCAGAUCACCUUCUGCUCCUAUUCCGUUAUGGAGAUGUGCACCAAGGGUCUGGGGACACAGACCGAGGCCCUGCGGUUGCGGAAUGUGAACCUGUCGUGUGUACGUACGUGCAUGGUGGUUGCAGAGGAAAGGCCGCGCAUAGCCCUCACUCAGUCCUUCUCAAAGAUCUUCAAAGACUUGGGCCUCUCACCCCGAGCUGUUAGCACCACCUUCGGCUGCAGAGUGAACGUGGCAAUUUGUUUGCAGGGCACUGCUGGUCCAGACCCUACUACUGUUUAUGUGGACAUGAGAGCGCUGCGACAUGAUAGAGUUCGUCUUGUUGAGAAAGGGUCACCACACAGCUUACCAUUAAUGGAAUCUGGAAAGAUCCUUCCUGGAGUGAAAGUGAUCAUUGCAAACACAGAAACCAAGGGACCUUUGGGAGACUCUCAUCUUGGAGAGAUUUGGGUUAGCGGUCCUCAUAAUGCCACAGGUUACUACACCGUUUACGGGGAGGAGGCGCUGCACGCAGACCAUUUCAACACCAAACUCAGUUUUGGGGACACUCAGACGGUUUGGGCCAGGACCGGUUACCUGGGCUUUCUGCGGCGCACAGAGCUGACCGAUGCGAGUGGAGAGCGCCAUGACGCCCUGUAUGUGGUGGGCUCUCUUGAUGAAACAUUGGAGCUGAGGGGGAUGAGGUAUCACCCCAUCGACAUUGAAACGUCUGUUAUUCGGUCUCACAAGAGCAUCGCUGAAUGCGCCGUGUUUACUUGGACCAAUCUCCUGGUUGUGGUGGUGGAGCUGGAGGGAUCAGAGCAAGAGGCUCUAGACCUGGUUGCCUUGGUGACCAAUGUUGUCUUGGAGGAGCACUACCUCAUUGUGGGGGUGGUGGUGGUGGUGGACCCCGGAGUCAUACCCAUAAACUCCAGAGGCGAAAAGCAACGCAUGCACCUUAGAGAUGGAUUCCUGGCUGACCAGCUGGAUCCCAUAUAUGUAGCUUAUAACAUGUGAGGCCCAGUAGCAGGAAACACACAGGAGAAAAAUACAAAAAUGGGGGCUUCCUGCAGGUUCAGACUGUGGCAGACCUCAUGUUGAUCCUCGCCUCAGCAAACAAUGUUUUUAAGGGCAUUUUACAUUUUUUUUAUUGAGUUUCUGAUGUUUGGGGGGGAAAUAAUGAAUUUUUGACUCAGAACACCGGAAAGCAGCGAGAUGGUCUGUCAUGUGAUUCUACAGUGUGCCAUUAACAUAAUUUAUUUUGUUAACCUCAAACUGAUGAAUGUUAGGUGAGCGCUUGUGCCAUAGGACUGACGGGGAGUCUCAGAGUUUGUCUUAGGUCCUCUGUUUUCAUGUAAAAAAAAAAUCAAAUUUAAGAUCAAGUUCUAACAUUAAAGCUUUUCCAGCUUAAUGUGAACCUGGCCUUUUUAUCCUGUUCAUCCAGAAACUGAGAAUUUAACAGCAGUAGAUUUAGUGGAGUUUCUUAGUUUGUCUCAAUUCUGGAGUUUUUGGCAAAGUUUUGAACACAAUCUUAAUCUUGUGAGGACUCAACCCUCUACUUCUGCAUCUAAACCACAGAUUAGUGUUUUAUCUGAAUAUGCAAUAAGUGUAAUGUGGAGACUGUUUGUUUGAAUGACCGCAUACAGCAAGUGCCAAUCAGCUGAGCAAUGGAGAGGACAAUACUUGUUGCUUUCUAUUAACAGCGAGCUAAAGGACACAGUAAAUGAAGCCUUAAGUGUUUUUUCAAAUGCCUGUUUCCGUCUCGGCUCAAUUUUGUCAGCUGCUCACUGGGGUGAAAAAUACAAUUGGACACGUGGUUUAAAUUUAGCUUUAAAGUGUCGAUCCAAAUGUCAGCCACUAUUGACACACAAGCCCAUUAUUUAUGUAUUUGUGGUUUAAGACUAAAAGUUAAAAAACUGAAACAAACUCUUGGUUUGUAGUCGAUUUUACUAGCUUCAUUUCCAAAGGCAGACAGACGAAUUUAAGUUUGAGAUUUGAUAUGCUGCAUAUAAAUCAUAUGAGGCAAGUGUCUAAUACACUCAUGGCACCAUAAACUUGCAGCUUGUUUUAUAAAGUAUCCUUGUACAUUUUUCUUUUUUGCUUUUCUGUGUACAUUCACUCAAAGACCGGCUCCAGUCUGCUGUAAUUAUGUACAGAAUUUUGUGUAAAUUAUUAAAAGACGCAGAGCCGAGAGAAGGCGAUGAAUUCUGGUGAAAACCUGAGAAUCUUUGACAUCCAAAAAGGUUUUUGCAGCCAAUUCUGGUGCAUUUAAAGUCUUGAAAUUAUUUUUAGAGUAAGGAACAGGGGACUCAGAAGAGCAGACAAUGCACACUUCAGCCUGAAGAGACAACUGCUGAAAUGUCACAACCUUUGUUGUAAUGUACGGAAAAAGACUUGUCUGAUCUAUGGGUAACUGUCAUUAUUUUCAUAACAUGAUUUCAUAAUUAAUAAAAAUGUACUUUUAAUUUAAAA